UUGACUUUACGUCGAUUGGACAAAAUUCGGGUAUAUUUUUUGGGGCAGCUAGGAAGACAUCACUUCCUGUCAUUUCUACCAGCCAACGGAAAUAGAUAAUUGAGCAAAAUGGCUCAAAUGGCAACCCCCUAUGUUGAAGAUGAAUCUGGGAAAUACAUUGCUGCUACACAGCGACCUGAUGGAACCUGGAGAAAGCCUCGGAAAGUGAAGGAUGGUUAUACCCCUCAGGAAGAAGUCCCUGUCUACGAGAAUAAAUUUGUGAAGUUCUUCAAGGGCAAGCCCGACCUGCCACCAGGUAUGAGCCCCGGAGAUGAGGCCCAGGCAAGGCAGCAGCAGCAGGGGAUUCCCGGCAUUGCAGAGAGUGAGACAGCUGGGCUUUCCAAGACAGCCAAGCGAAACAUGAAACGCAAGGAAAAGCGCAAGCUGCAAGGCCCGGAUAGCAAUGUGGAAGCACUUAUCAAUGCUGUUGAGAAUGUGGCGAUUGCAGAGGGCGGUGACAGUGAGAUGCCUACAUCUAACCCAGCUGAAGCUACUAAUGACCAUUCAGGAGCAGCAGCAGAAAAGGCCAAGAAGAUCAAGAACCUGAAAAAGAAGUUGAGGCAGGUUGAGGAACUGCAGCAGAAACUGGACUCUGGGGAGAUCAAGCAAGCUACAAAAGAGCAGCUGGAUAAGCUUGGGAGGGCCAAGGCCAUACAGGAUGGGUUGCUGCAGCUUGAAGAGGAUUCAGGAGAUUAAAAAGGUUGUCAAAAGGGCAGCAGACGAGUUGUGUAAGUUAGACUGUUGGAAAAUACAAACACCAAGUUCUACAAGAAAUGGAUAUUUACAGCUGCAUUGAUGAGCUUCCCUUAAACAUUUUUCUGAGAUUUGGUGUUAUCAGACAGUCAAUCAACAUUAACUUUGGCUUUGGAAUACCAAGUGUACAUAAACACCUCAAGUUAUGUUGUUGACAAGAACUGAUCAUGCUUUUCCCACACUUUCUCCAAAACCAAUGAACAAACGACAAUGAGACAGCCAUGUUUUUCCUCUUCAUUUCAAAUGUACUUUUAAAACAAUUGAACUGAUCCCGUAUGCUUGUAUUGGCUAUUAACUUAUUGUCCAUUCAUAGUUGUAAUAGCAUUUAUUUUUGUGCUCAGUAUUUUUACUGUGCAUUUUUUUUUACCUUUAUCUGUCAAGAGAAUUGCAUAGAAUAUUAUUUAUUGCAUUAAAGAUACAGAAAGCCCCUAUUCAAGAGAAUGCCAUUUUGUUGACCCGUCUGUGCACUGAAAUGAUACACAUUUUCCCAAUGAUUGGAUGAUUUGAAGUACAGUUUGAAUUUGUGUACAUAAUGAAGCGAUUCAUGGUUUACAACAUUAACAUCACUCAUAUGAAAGGAUAUCUUUAAGUAGAUAGCUCCCUCUACAGGUGAAAUCAGGCAAAACCGGGUUCAGUGGAAACGACAAAUGCUAUCUCCCCCUGAUUACAGGGCAUAGGGAGGAUUGUUGUGGUGACAUGGAGAAGCCGAAAUGUAACAUUGAUGUGUUAAUGGUUCUUUAUAUAUAAACAUACUAAUUAAUGGUUGUCUCGGAAUGGAAAUGUGGUUAGUUGUUUUUCUCUCAUAGGACAGUUAAAAAAUAAAAUAAAAAUAUCAUGAUUUACA